ACAAACGGCAAAACAGUACAGUUUACCAUACUACAAAUAUACAAACGACAGAACGGAUUUUCGUGUGCCUAGUGUCGCCGCUGCGUUGGUUCCCACUGCGAUUUGAAGAAGCGCGCCCAUUCCGCUUGUGCUAGCGCCGGCUGCUACAAUCGACUAUUCUAUACGAUCGAGGAAGCCUUGAGCGGUUUUACUGGGGUUCUCUAAGGGCGGUCGAAAAACAGCAGCAGUUUCGUCAACCGCCAUCUUCCGUUUGGCCAGUGCUAGCUGCAGCGGCCGCAUCACAAACAGCAAAAACAAUACCAGUAGAAGGCAGUUGUGGAACCAAUGAGUGUAAUGGCUUCACGGGUAGGCCCGGUGAGUUCGCUGGCACACGCCACUGAUUCCAGUAACCGGUGACCGGUCACCGGGUGACGGACAGUUCAACACAUAAACCAGCCAAAUUUUGCUUCGUGUACAACAUAAAAAAUUGCUCUUGCAGCACCGUCGUUUCGCGCCCAUUUGCCCCUAUCGCAGCCGUUUUCUACUGCGUCAGUGACGCCUCUGCCGUUCGGGAGGCUGCCAUUGACAUGACCAUUGCCGGCCACCGGCGCGCAGUGGAAGCAAGCGGACACUAUUAUUAAUCGCCCCUUCCACUGACACGACCGCCUUGCCGCUCUGUCAUAGACGUCUUUAUCGUCACCGGCUUCAUCGUUAUUGUUGUUGUUGUUAUUAUCGUUCGAGUAUUUAUAAAUCCGCUUGCGAAUCGAAGGAACAGUGCAAUGAAUAGUGGCUGUUCAAACGACAACGCCAAAAAAGUGACAAUGUCUUGCCUCGAUCAACUAAAGGAGCUUACCAUUGUGGUAGCCGACACCGGCGAUUUUGAGGCUAUGAAGGAGUACAAACCAACGGAUGCGACGACGAACCCAUCGCUGAUUCUUCAAGCCGCCAAACUUACACAGUAUCAAGCCCUCAUCGACGAAGCAGUCAGCUAUGGUCGAGGUAAAGGAAAAACUCCGUGUGAACAGCUCGAAGAAGCUAUGGAUAAGUUAUUCGUACUGUUUGGAAAUGAGAUUCUUAAGAUUAUCCCUGGAAGAGUGUCAACGGAGGUUGAUGCCAGGUUGUCCUUCGACAAGGAUGCAUCGAUUAAUAAGGCCGUCAAAUUGAUUUCGCUCUAUAAAGAAUUAGGUGUGCCUAAGGAGCGUGUACUUAUAAAAUUGGCUUCUACAUGGGAGGGUAUCGAGGCAGCUCGAAUCCUGGAGAAAGAACAUGGCAUCCAUUGUAACAUGACGCUACUCUUUAACUUUACCCAGGCAAUCGCUUGCGCAGAGGCGGGUGUCACGUUAAUCUCACCUUUUGUUGGCCGUAUCCUUGACUGGUAUACAGCAAACACGGACAAGAAAGCGUUUGAGCCACUCGAAGAUCCAGGAGUGAAAAGUGUUACUAGGAUCUACAACUACUACAAGAAAUUUGGGUACAAAACUGUUGUUAUGGGUGCCUCUUUCCGUAAUACGGGUGAAGUGAAAGCGCUUGCAGGAUGCGACCUACUCACGAUUAGUCCUGGCCUUCUCAAAGAGCUUGCUAAUUCCAACGAACUAGUACCACACUAUCUCAAGGCCGAAAAUGCUACCAGCAUAGAGCUAGAAAAAAUCAGUGUCGAUGAGAAGCGAUUCCGAUGGGAUAUGAACGAAGAUCAAAUGGCUACUGACAAGCUUUCAGAUGGAAUACGCAAGUUUGCUGCAGACGCUCGUAAACUUGAGGCGCUUAUUCAGGAGAAGUUAAAAUCCUAAGUUAGUAGCAACUCAAUACAAAACGGGUACCUGCAAGACUACACUGCAAACGAAUAUAAAAAUAUUUUUCGUGUUGACAUAAAAAGCGUCGAAACUUUA